AUGCACCGGUCUCUGGGACACAUCUCCAAAGUCAAGAGUUUGACGAUGGACAAUAAAGUGUGGAGCGAAGCCCUGAUCCAGCUCUUCAUUUCCCUUGGUAACCGAGUGGCCAAUCAGAUUUGGGCUCCCGUUGUCCCGGCAACAGAGCAGCUUAGCCCUGAUUCAUUGGAUGAUGAAAGGUCAAGGUUCAUCCAGGACAAAUACAGCAGAGGGCGGUAUAGGCGUUUGCAUGCAUUAGCAUACAGCCCGGACCUGAUGAACCAGCGCCUCCUGGAGGCUGUAUAUGGACCUGACGUGGAGGAGACUCUGUCCUUGAUCUGCUCUGGUGCAAAGGUGACGCCCACUGACCCCCUAAGCCCCGCCCCCCUGCAGCUGGCAGAGAGGGCAGGACAAAGUCUGCAAGUGCAGCUGCUGCGGCUGAACGAAUUCACAGAAGUCCCGCCUCCACAUCCAGUCACAGUCAAUGGCCGCACUGGCUCCACCCCUUCAUGUGAAGAGGAGGAGGAGGAGCUUCAUGGUAAACUGGAGGACGAGCGUUUUCUGUUUUCUCUGGAAAACAACUCUGCAGCGUGUGACGUGUUGGACCUAAGGGAGGUCCACUCAGUGCACCUGCAGGAUGGAAACCCCCCUCAGUUCCAGAUCCAUUCUCUGAAUCAGACACUAACUUGUGCAGCUGACUCCACUGAAGACCUGCUCUCGCAAUUCCACCAACUUCUCACAGUGAUCCUCCCCGCAGGUGUCACAGGGGCAGAAGUGGGCGGACCUCUAGCUGUCAGUAAAGUAUGUGUGGUGGAGAUGAGCGUCGGCACCAGCCAAUCCGAUGCCUGGAUUCUACUGGGAGUGGGCGGAGUCAUACUGCACCAAUCAAACAAUAACCUUUAUCUGCAGCCAAUCACACGCCAUGAAAUGGAUUCGUCAGAAAAUAUUUUGACCUUGGAUACCAAAGACAGAAGCGUCACAUUCCGAUUCGAGGAUACUUUGAGUUGUACUUCCUGGUUCCAUCUUCUAUGUUCAGUACUCAAAACUCAACCAGCCAAUCAGAGCCCAGUUCCUGUACCAGCAGCCAAUCAGAGAGCAUCACUGUAUCCAGUCAUGUCUGUGAAGGGACACGUCCCACCGGCCAUUGAGCGCUGUAUCUCCCAUGUUACAAACUAUGGUCUGAAGGUGGAGGGUGUGUACCGUCGUUGUGGCCUCACAAACAAGGUAAACCGAUUGGUGGAGGCUCUGAUGACCUCACCAAGCUCCGCCCCCCUGGAGAGCGAUGAACAGGGUGUGUUGGACGCUGCCGCCGUGCUGAAGCGACUCGUACGACAGAGGGAGGGGCUUAUCCCUGAGAAUGCCAGGGAGGCGUGGCUAAAGGCAGCAGUGAUCUCAGAUGAAAGCUCCAGAUUUGUUUCGUACAAACGUUUACUUCAUGAUCUGCCCCACGACAACAGAGCCACUCUGAACGCUCUGUUUGCACAUCUCUACAUGGUACAGCUGUACUCUCAGAUUAACCGGAUGUCGGCGCAGAACCUGGCGUUGGUUUUGAUCCCGACUUUGUUCCAAACACUAAAUCAGGAUUUAGUCAGACUGCUGCGAGAGUUUAUCAUCCACCAGACUCUGCUGUUCACGGUUGAAGACCAGAUCACUUUUCUUUGA